CCCCCAGCGCUCGGGCUUCCCUCCGCUUCUAACAGCUUCAGGGAAACACGGGCGCGUCCCCUCAACGGUCCCGACCCCUUGCUCCGCUCCUCAUUUUCCUCUUCCGGAGGAAGACCCCGCCUGUUUCCCGCCUCCCCGUCCUCCCACCCCUCCUUCUCAGCGCCCCUGCUGCCUCCGCUUGAGGAGGCUCCAUGUUUUCCCCUCAGCGAGCGGCGGCCUCGGGAGGAGCAGGUGAGGCGCCAGUGAUUCUCUUGACCAGCUAGCUGCGUCAGUGUCAGGAUUCUAAGAUAAAUUAAGGCGCAAGGUAGUGAUGACAUGGGGCGCAGAAGUCCUGGCCCUGUGCAGAUUGUCUUGGUUCACAAAGACCAGCAUUCCUUUGAACUAGAUGCAUCAGCCCUGGGCAGUGUCCUCCUGCAGGACCACAUCAGAGAUCUCGAUGUCGUGGUGGUGUCAGUGGCUGGAGCGUUCCGAAAAGGCAAAUCCUUCCUGUUGGAUUUUCUGCUGAGGUACAUGUACUUCCAGAAGGAAGGUGGCCGUUCAAAUUGGUUGGGGGAAUUAGAUGAACCAUUAAAAGGAUUUUCAUGGCGUGGUGGCUCUGACCCUGAAACUACAGGAAUUCAGAUCUGGAGUGAAGUUUUCACUGUGGAGAAAUCUGAUGGGAAAAAGGUUGCAGUUGUCUUGAUGGACACCCAAGGCGCAUUUGACAGUCAGUCAACUGUGAAAGAUUGUGCUACCAUCUUUGCUCUUAGCACUAUGACCAGUUCUGUCCAGAUCUAUAAUUUAUCUCAGAAUAUCCAGGAGGAUGAUCUGCAACAGUUGCAGCUAUUCACAGAAUAUGGACGACUGGCCAUGGAUCAGAUAUUUCAAAAGCCUUUUCAGACACUGAUGUUUUUGGUGAGAGACUGGAGUUUUCCUUAUGAGUACAGCUAUGGACUGGAGGGAGGCAUGGCAUUUCUGGAGAAACGUUUGCAGAUGAAGGAACAUCAACAUGAAGAAAUUCAGAAUGUCCGCAAGCACAUUCACUCAUGUUUCAGCAGCGUCAACUGUUUUCUCUUACCACAUCCAGGGUUGCAGGUAGCCACCAGUCCUGAUUUUGAUGGAAAGCUGAAAGACAUCGCCGAUGAAUUCAAAGAGCAGCUACAGAAGCUGAUACCAUUUGUUCUAGACCCAAGCAAGUUGAUGGAAAAAGAGAUAAAUGGCUCAAAAGUUACCUGCAGAGGACUACUGGAGUAUUUCAAGGCAUAUAUUAAGAUUUACCAGGGAGAAGAUUUGCCUCAUCCCAAGUCAAUGCUUCAGGCUACUGCUGAAGCCAACAAUUUAGCAGCUGCUGCCUCUGCCAAGGAUCUCUAUUACAACCACAUGGAACAGAUUUGUGGUGGAGAGAAGCCUUACAUGUCCCCUGAACUCCUCGAGCAGAAGCACAAUGAGUUUCUCUCUGCGUCUGUGGACCAGUUUAGGAAGACCAAGAAGAUGGGUGGAAAGGAUUUCAGCCAACGUUACCAAGAUGAACUGGAGAAGGAAAUCAAAGAAUUAUAUGACAAUUUCAGCAAGAGCAACCAGAGCAAGAAUAUCUUUAACACUUUCCGCACACCUGCCGUGCUGUUUAGCAUCAUCAUGUCUUUUUACAUUGGUUCUGGCCUCACUGGCUUUUUAGGCCUUGAAAUCGUGGCCCAGCUGUUCAACUGUCUGGUCGGAUUGUUGCUAAUAGCCCUCUUUACCUGGGGGUAUGUUAAGUACUCUGGCCAGUACCGGGAGUUGGGUGGAGCUAUUGAUUCUAGCGCUGCGUAUGUAUUGGAACAGGCUACCUCUCGAAUGGGCAACUCCACUCGAACAGUUGUAGAUCUAGGAAUUGGAAGAGCUCCCUUGGAGAAAAAGAAAAUUCAGUAAGAUCAAUUGGGAGGAUCCAGCAAGAACUCUACUGGUCCCAUCUUGAUACCGUGUUUCUGCUAUAGCUACAGUUCCAGGUCCAGAGCAGGAUGCAAUUUGUCUCAUUCAAAAUUCAGUGCCGAAAUAACAGAAGAGUCCUAAGCCCUUGGUUUUGAACUCUAAAAUCCACUUCGAAUGCCGUUGGAAGCAUUUCUUUCCUUUCUGAUAUGGGUCCAAGCCUGUGUAUGGUUUGGGGGGCUUUUUUGUUUGUUUUUUCAUUACUUUGCUUUCCUUUUUUGCACUUUACGGGGGGAGAAAACAGGAAAAGAGCAGCUUUAAAGUCCUUUUUGUACCGCAUAGUGCCUUUUAAAAAUUGGAUAUAUGAUUUUCUAUGUAUAGGGUCAGAAGAUAGAGAAAACCCAAGGGAGUAUCAGUGGUGGAGUGGGAUACCUUUUUAAGAAGUUUUAUGCCUACCAAAGUCAUAGACUGUGACAGAGGAAAAAAAAAUUCCAGCUGAACCUCUUUGUCUACAUUAGGGUUUUAAAACAUGUUCAUUCUAAUUAAAUCCUGUUUUCCACCUGAUGUGGAAAACUGCUACCAGAUUCAAAGACUAGUAUGUAAGAAGCCACCUCACUUGGCAGUUUAGUUCCAUCUCCCUUCUCAAGGGAUUAAGGAACGUGAUAAUGGACAACUUUAUUGCUAAAUUCUGUUUUUCGAUUUCCUGCCCCCCUCCCCCACAAUCUCUCAGCAUACAUCUUUAGGAGGCACUUAAAAAACAGGGAGAGCCCCAGUUCAAAUAGUGACCUCUGUAAUUAAAGUCACUUUCACCUUGCUGUGCCUUGGUCAACUGUACACAUAUAUAUUGUAGUUUUUUUGUUUUGUUUUGCUUUAAUUUUCUUAUUUUUUUAAAAAGUAACCUCAUUCAUGCAGAUAAACUUUCUUGAGUAGAAGGAAAAUAUUACCAAAUAUAACUGCCUUCAGACAAUGUCUUAUAUCUAAUAGCUGACCAGGAGGAAUUCCGUUUUGCAUCUCAGUGCAAAGCAUGCUGCUUGCGUCCCCCACUUGUGUGCUUUGGGUUAAUGUAUUUAAAAACAAAACCACAGUUGCUCUAAUUUUUUACCUGUAAAUCUUGCCCUAGUCUGUGGACAUGAGCCUUGUGGGGGACAGCUAUAACAUAAUAGCUCUGAGCACAGGAUCAAAAGCCCACCAAAGCCCAACAGUUUGUAAGCAAUCCAUCCUAUUUUGCCUCGCUUGGUUGAUCAAAAAAUGGGUAUUAUGAGCUGAUCGGAUGUCUCUUUUCUGUAGUUCAUGCUAUUGAGCCUUCAUGGGUUUUUACAUGAUUUUUAAAACCUGAUGUUUUUGUGUGUAUAUGCACAUCUGUAUCUAUGCUCCAUGUUUUAAUUUUACAAAAUAAAUUUGAUCAUGCAUUUUGUAGCCCUUAAGUGAUGUUAAAAAAAUUGGGAGUAUAACAUUCAAGUAAAUGGUUAAAGGAAUGCCAAGUUGCCUUUUCCUUAUAAGUGUAUUGAUAGAAAAUCUAGUCCAGAGUUUUUCACUUAGUGCAUAUUAAAUCCAGUAUUAAUUUCCAGGGAUUAGGCUAUUUUUUCCUCAUGUGUUUAUGUAAGACCUAACAUAAUGCUUGAUUUAUUUGUAUUUGUUAGUAGUGAGAUACAGAGGGCCAGCUUAUUCUAAGAUCUGAUACUUGGACACUAAAUAGCUUAAUUCUUAAUGAUUACUAGCUAGAAUUGCGCCUCCUUAGGGAAUGCAUUUUCCCUUAAUGCAUUUGGCUGGAAAAUCAGUCUUAUAGUGAUGAAAACUUAUCAGUGAAUUCUGAACCAGACUUGUUAGUUUUAGAACAGCCGAAUUUGUGUCUAAAGCAGUCCUGCCUGCCUUGGUGUCGGUAAAAUAAAAACUGAAAAUGUGUGAAACUCCCACCCCUCACCCAGGAACGGAAACUAGCUCUUUUUUCAGUGAUUCUCCUAGUACCCGAGCUGCUAAAUGAUUUUAAGUUGGACAUUUUGGGAAGCCACUUGAAGUCCUUUCAAGUCAGUAGGAUACCAGUGAACUGGUACAUCCAUUUUUCCGAAUGGUUCUCUAAUCCAUACAACUUCCAAAAGGGAGGAUUUGACUCAGAAGAAACGAGUUGGUAAAAUCAUGGGGUUAAUUUCAGUUUUCAAUAGGUUCUCUCAGGUCUGUUCAAGUGGCUUUGGGCUACAUUAUUACACAUGGGCAGAAGUCUCUCUCUGUAAUCGUCUAAUUCAGCCUGUAGCAAAAUUGUAUAAAUUCUCUACACGAGACUUCUUUUGCCUUGGCUUCUACUUUCACUCUUCCAGUGUUGAUCGGAUUGCUCCGUGCAUGAACUUUUUGUUUUGCAUAAAGCAUCAUCGCUCUUGGAUAUGAAUUCUGGGAGGUUGACUUUGUGGCCAUGUUGAAAAGAACAUUUCUCGUCUUCAUUCUCAUUACCUUCUACUCUGUGUUUGGGGGCAUCAUUCAGGAACUUGGAUUCCUCUCCAAAUUCUAGGACCAAAAGUAUUAAUACACUGCCAUUACUAGUUAGCUAGCCCUUUCAGUCAUACAUGUUUUUAGCACAUUUAUAUUUUUUAGGGUUUUUUUUAAAAUGGUAUUUAAGUGCUUACUAUGUGCCAAGCACUGGACUAAGCACUGGACUGUUCAUUAUAAGCACAAAUGCAAAACAAAGGAAAAUUCCAAAAUUUAUAUUAUAUGUAACUAGUUAUAGGAAAAGUAAAACUGCUAAAGAUGGGUGAUUUUGUUUCUCUAAAAAACGACAAUUUGGCUACUAUAUUGUAAGCCAAAGAGAAGCAAGUCUCUAAAGUCUAUAAAUCUUUAAUGUUUAUCUGAUCUGGCAGUAGGGCAGGUAAUGUUGCUCUGCAUUUCUCCUGAAAUUAUUUUGAUCAUGUAUAAUUAAGAAAAUAAUUUUUAAGAUAUGGGUGUUAAUGGGUGUUAUGUUUUCGACAGGCAUGUUCUAUAUUAGCAGCCUAGUUGCAGACAUCAAUUUAUAAUAAAGUUUAGAUAAUUGCUGGCUA